AUGGGCUCCUCUGCCAAUGGGUUACCCUCUGCAGAGCACCCCGAUCUGGUGCUCACACAGUCGACCAAGGCUGAGCUGCAACAUGUCUGGGGACUCCACCAUCCCAUGUGGGGCCCUGCACUGAAGAUCGAGGAAUAUCUCGCGCGAGAGGAGUUUCUCAUGACGGUGCCUCUGGCCAAGAAUGGAGGAGUUACACACUGGAUCCUGACGGACAAGAAUGCUCCCGCAGACAACAGACCGAUCUACGCAAGCUGCGAGUCGCUACGCAAGCGGGCCCUCGCCAGCCGGCUCGGCGCAGACGGGCCGGUGGUGCAAGACGGAAUUGCCCACGGGGUGGCCUCUGUCUUCACCAACCCAGAGUACCGCGGUAAAGGCUAUGCAUCACGGAUGAUGAAGGAGCUGGGCCCGAUCCUGGCGGAAUGGUCAGAAGGAAAGCAAAACAUCCAGGGGGGCCAGGGCGAGCAGAACGGAAACGCACGGUCACUGUUCUCGGUGCUGUACUCUGACAUCGGCAAGACCUUCUACGCCAAGACGGGAUGGGAAGCAUUUGAGAGCACUCACCUUUCGUUCAAGCCGGCUGCUGCAGGGACUGAGGCGCGACCGUCAGGCGUGAAGCUGUUGGGCUACCACGACCUCGCCAUGUUGUGCCACCUGGACGAGAACCUCCUGAGGGGCAAGAUGCAGCAGCAGGCGAGGGCGCUCCCCUCGAGCGACAAGAAGGUUUGCGCGGCGCUGGUGCCGGAGCUGGACCAGAUCCUCUGGCACCUCAUGCGCGAGGACUUUAUGACGAAACACAUUUUCCACAAGAUCCCCGAGGCCAGGGGCGCGCUGUUCGGCGAGCCGGGCAGGAGGAUCUGGGCGGUGUGGACGAGGGGCUACUACGGCGGCCUGGACAAGAUCGAGGGCAAUACGUUCCACAUCCUCCGCUUCGUGGUCGAGGACGAAAACAGCUCGGAGGACUAUGUCGCCGAGGGCUUCAGCGCCAUCAUCCGGGUCGCGCAGGCCGAGGCUGCCGAGUGGCGGUCGUUCGACAUCCAAAUGUGGAACCCUUCGGGGCUGUUGAGGCGGGCGGUCGACAGGAGCGGCAUCGAGUAUGGCUUUGUCGACAGGGAGAAGGACAGCAUCGCGAGUCUGAUGUGGUACGGGGAUGAGCCGACGGCGGCGGUGGACUGGGUUGCCAACGAAAAGUAUGCAUGGAAUUAG